GCACCACAAUCUGUGUUCAAUAGGUUUGUUUAUUUUUUGGUUGCGCGGUUGUAAAUAACAUGGUUGAAAGUAAGGCUGUCUUAAGUGAAGUUAUUUUAUUAUUUCAUAAAUAUUAUAGUAUGUUAAUUGUACUUUCAUCUUAAAGUCGGCGUUGAAUGAGAUGAAUUAUAAAUCAUGAGUCAGUUUGAACUGCAUAACGUUCUUCGUGGCUUGAUUCGUGAUACUGGAUCGUCAGCAAGCCCAGAAAAGUUGGUGGAACUGGUGGAGAAGGAUCUCGGAACCACAGCUGCGAACGCUCACAAAGUAGUCUCGCAGAGAACAGUUUCAGACAUAGCCAAGAGGAGCAAGGAUCCUGAGAAAUUUCUGGCGAAAUACGAGGAACUCAAGUCAAAGAAUGUCGGUUGCCUUAGUUCUUAUAUGCAGCUAAUGGCCCUUAUUUCAAAAGACAAGGGGUUAAAAGGAGUAAUGGAAAGAAUUGAUAAGAAGCAUUCUUCGGUUGAGGUUCGGACCACGUCCAGUUCAACUCCAGCGUUGCUGUUGGGAGCGGAAUCCAAAACGACAGACCAGUACACCUCGGACGAUGUACCAAAGAUUCGAAGUCGACUGUCCAAGGCUGUGAACGACAUUCAGCAGAAGAUGUCUCCGAACAAGAACGAGCACGAAGAGCGGAAAACUAAUCCUCUGACCUGCCGUGUCACAGGUUUGCCUUCCGUGAACGUUCUUGAGCCAAAAAUCACUCUGGACUUUAGCGACACACUGAUGCAGGCGCCAUUUCCUUCGCUACUGGGCCCAAUACCCAUCAGUUCGCAAGAAAGUUAUUUGUUGGAGGACCUGUUGUGUUGUUUGGAAGGAAUUGAAGGGCAGUACAUCUCACCCAAGCCUCUUGACAAUGAAUAUGCCAAUAGAAGCUUUGAUAUUUGUUCCACUAUUGACCCGUCGCUGCGGCAGCUGGCGGGGCAGAUCCUGCAGCUGGCGUCGUGCCACUCGGCGGUGGCCCGGUUCGUGGAGGCGAAGAGCGCGUUCGCGUGGGGCCAGGUGAACCAGGCGCUGGCGGCGGCCGCGGGCUCGCUGCUGCGCGACUACCUGGUGCUGGUGGCCCAGCUGGAGACCCUGGUGCGCCAGGGCGGGUUCUCCCUGCACAAGAUGUGGUUCUACGUGCAGCCGACGCUGCUCAGCAUGCGCGUGCUGCAGGACACCGCCCGGCGCGUCAACAUGGCACAAGCUACUGGUGGGAAAGUCCUGAGUCUUCUCCAUGAACAGACGUCAAAUUAUAUUGGCGACAGCAAGGGACAAGACUUGUGCUUCUACCUUAUACAAGCAGCUUCUGUUCCUUACAUGGAAAUAUUGGAGAAGUGGAUAUGCAAAGGAGUUAUUUGCGAUCCGUACGGAGAGUUUCUCGUCGAAGACAACGAGGUAAUCCAGAAGGAAGACAUGCCACCGGUGGAUUAUUCCGCGGACUACUGGGAGAAGCGUUACACGAUCCGGAAGGAGAGGAUCCCAGUGUUUCUGGACGUGGUUUCCAAAUCCAUCCUGCGCACCGGAAAGUACCUGAACGUAAUCCGUCAAUGUGGAAAAAACGUGAAGAUGCCUCAGGACUUGAACAUUGUAUAUACCAUCAAAGAACGACGAUAUAUCGAAGCCAUUAAUAGUGCAUAUUUAUUUGCCAGCAAAACGUUACUGCAGCUUUUAAUGGAAGAAAAUGAUCUCCUGGGAAGGUUACGGUCGGUGAAGCACUACUUCCUGCUGGACCAAGGAGACUUUGUGGUGCAGUUCAUGGACUGCUGCGAGGUGGAGCUGUGCCAGAACGUGGACUCGGUGCAGCCCAACAGGCUGGCGCCGCUGCUGGAGCUGGCGCUGCGCACCUCGGGCGCCAACAGCGACCCCUACAAGGACGACAUGCGCACGGAGCUGCUGCCCUACGACCUUAACGUCCAGAUGCUCAAGAUCCUCAGCAUUGAGACGCCCAGCGAGAGCGAGUACAAGAAGCAACAAGAUCAGUCAAACCUUUCAGGGAUGAAGUUUUUCUCUUUUGCGUACGAAGUUAAGUGGCCCGUGUCGUUGGUGUUGAAUCGCAAAGCCAUUUCUUGCUAUCAGAUGAUCUUCAGGCAUCUUUUUUACUGCAAACAUGUGGAGCGUUUGCUUUGUAGAGUCUGGAUUUCAAAUAAAAUUGGGAAAACGUUUCAGAAAAACAAUGCUAAAAUGUACGUCCCAGCAUUCGCACUGCGCCAGCGAAUGCUGAUUUGCAUUCAGAACCUCGAGUAUUACAUGAUGGUGGAAGUAAUAGAACCAAAUUGGCUCUCCUUCCUUGAUAAAAUAAGCAAGGUGAGCAACGUGGACGACGUCCUGGCCUGCCACUCGGACUUCCUCGACAGCUGCCUGAAGGACUGCAUGCUCAUGACGGCCGAGCUGCUAGACACCGUCAACGCCCUGCUGGCCCUCUGCGAGCAGUUCUGCAAGUUCAUGCAGUCUCCAGAUUCGCCGAUAACCGACUGCAUCAGUGAGAAUGGUGACAGUUUUGAGAAAAACAUCAAAACGUUUGAUGAUGAGUUCACAAACGUGUUGGUCAAUCUACUGAACGAGAUAUCGAAUGUGGGACGUGACCACAACAGUGAAAAACUGGUUUAUGUGCUGUACAGGCUCAAUCUAAAUGGGUUCUACACUGAUAAGCUAGAGAAGCUUUCCGCUGAGAAGUCAGUCAUUCACCUUGAUGAAAGGUCUGGUUGAACGUUAACCCAUGCGCUGCUACGACGUGAAACAAUUUUGAAUCUCCUGUUGGAAACCAUUGUUUACCUGAGUGUGAUUAGGCUAUUUUUUUGAAGCGAAUUUCAUUUUAGUAAGACAUCUUGCAAGUGCGAGUAGGGUAGAUUUUUAUAUGUUAAUAAAUUAUUUUGUUUAUACCUUGAAAGCUUUAAUAUGUGUUUCUUUGUAGUGAUAGAAAGCAGAGUUUAUAAUAAAAAUUAUUUAGUUCAUGUGAUUUUAUGUCCCUCCAUACAGUUUACAUACCUGUAUUUAUGUAAAAUAUGUGCUGCAUAAUAGUGUAUUCGUUUGUAACCAGCAUUUGAAGACUGUAAUUAUAAGUCAAAUAGGUUUACAACUCUGUAAAUAUAUUUAUAAGCAAUUUUUUUAAGCAUAGUAUGAAAUGUUUUAUUUCUUGGAAUGUUUUAUUUCUUGCUCCACAUGUCAAUUGUGAACAUUUUUCAAAAGAUGUCAUUGUGUUGGCAUGUUGGGGUUUAAAAAUAGCAACAACAAACCUCUGCCAGAAACUUGUCUGUUUUGAAUAUGUACUUUACGAUAAAAAGAAAAUAGUAAAGAUUAGUUUUAUAUUUUGUGAUUGAAUUUAAAUAAUAAUUUUUUAAAUGUUAAUUUGAUUAUGGUUGCUUCCCCUUUCAUGUAUUAACUUCUAUAAAAGUCAUGUCCUUUUAGAAAUAGAGAAAAAAAAUUAUGUAUUUAUUUUUAUUAAAUACAUGGUUAAUUUUAUAAGUGAUGUAAUAGUUUGAAAAUAACUUCACAAUUUGUUUAUGUAUGAGUUAGUUACAGUGGUUCAGUAGAAUCAGACAUUAAUAAAAAAAUUUGUGCAACUA